GAAAAUUCAAUUCAUUAUUCGUAUUCGCUGAGAAGGGUCAACUUCCGCCUUUAAGUGGUAGACAAUGCAGUGUUUGAAAGUUACGGGAAAUAUUGUCUAUAUUUUGACGGUGCUAAUAGUGCAGCUUACGGGUUUUGCUACUAGCUAUUCUAUCAGUAGAGUGCAGAGUGAUAAGCCAGUAAUUAGAUUUAACGCUGAUGGCACUUUAAAAAUUGUUAACUUUUCCGAUUUGCACUAUGGUGAAGCACCACACACAGACUGGGGCCCAGCUGCAGAUGUUAAAUCUGCAAAUGUUACCAAGAAUAUACUCGAAAUGGAACAUCCCGAUUUUGUCAUCUUUACUGGUGAUCUUUUAACUGCCGAGGAAAUGUUCCCCAACGCUACAGAUUAUAUGGCAAAGUUGGUGGCACCGUUAGUCGACAAAAAUUAUCGAUGGGCUUCUACGUAUGGUAAUCAUGAUAUCGGCGAAAACAUGACCCGAUUAGAGCUCCUUGCAGCCGAACAAAAGUUCGAGCAAAGUUACACAUAUCAAAUGAAUGCAUCAUUACCGGGAGUAACCAAUUACUAUCUACCUAUUUAUCCGGCAAACACAGACGAGCCGGUAAUGAUAUGGUGGUUUUUCGACAGCCAAGGUGGUCGUACUGACGACGGAACGACAGGAAAGGGACAACAGCCUGAACACAUUGAUCCAGCAGUUGUAGCUUGGUUUAAAGAUGAACAGACAACAUUAAAGAAGCAAUGGGGACAAUUACCUUCGCUGGUUUUCUUUCACAUACCACCAGUCGAGUUUGUCAGCAUUCAGGAACAUAUUGAAAACAAUCCUCUAUGUGCCGGGCUUAUGGAUGACGAUGUUACACCACAAGAUAAUAACACGGGCAUUAUGCAGGCACUGUGGGAGGCAGGAGGUGUACAAGCGAUAUUUGUCGGACAUAACCAUGGAAAUUCAUGGUGUUGCUUUUAUGAACAAAUUCAAGUCUGCUACAAUCGUCACACUGGAUAUGGUGGAUACGGCUCGUGGACAAGAGGUGGUCGUGUCGUCCCCUUACAAAUCGACAGUUUGACAGAAAUAAGCAGCUACAUAAGACAGGAAGAUGGACAAAUUGUCGACAAAUUUCCUAAAACGAGUCCAAGCAACUCACCAAAAAUGUACCAGCGCAACCAGUUUAUCAAAAAUGCUACGGCAAUAAUGCUGGUUUCAAUGAUUGGCGAACGGUUAUUCAAUUAUUCGAGAUUUAGUUAUAUGAACUGAAUGUGAGAUUUGUGGUGAAAUAUCAUGGCGUUGUGGCGCUAGUCUCAAAUUAAAAAUUUUAAGAAAAUGUUUGUUUUUGUCG